AAAUAUUCGAAAUUUUCUGUUCUUGGUGAACAAGCUAGCACUCUGGGUUUUACUAGGGCUUUGUCAAAUUACUGCACUACAAAUAUCUUCCUUAACCCUCACAAAUUUCCUUAAACUCAAAUUGCUUUCCAUCAAAAUUCAUUCUCGAGAACUCCAAUUCCUAUCCGCCCUAUCAGAAUCGAAACAAUGAAUUUGCUGAGACAGAAUUCCGUGAGCAAGCUCCGAAUCCUCGCCGCUCAAUCCCAAAUCGGCAGCCGUGCGAUCACCGCCGCUCCGCCGCUGCUUCUUUCGUCUCCUGUUUCUGCACGUCAGACCCCUCACACUUUCGCCACCGCCGUCCGCCAUAUCCACCACCAGUCUCGCGACCCCAGCACUAGGUACGACAUCUCGCCACCCGUGAAUUGGGGAAUUCGGAUUGUGCCAGAGAAGAAGGCCUACGUUAUUGAACGAUUCGGGAAAUAUGCGAAGACAUUGACUCCCGGAAUUCAUCUAUUGAUUCCGUUUGUUGAUCGAAUUGCUUACGAGCAUUCUCUGAAAGAGGAGGCAAUUCCGAUUCCCGACCAGUCUGCAAUUACCAAGGACAAUGUCUCCAUUCGAAUCGAUGGAGUCCUCUAUGUCAAGAUUGUCGACCCUAAGUUGGCAUCGUAUGGAGUUGAGAAUCCAUUGUAUGCCGUGAUUCAGCUUGCACAAACAACUAUGCGAAGUGAGCUUGGUAAGAUCACUCUCGACAAGACUUUUGAGGAAAGAGACACACUGAAUGAGAAGAUAGUGAUUUCCAUCAAUGAAGCUGCUAAAGAUUGGGGCUUAAAGUGCCUUCGUUAUGAAAUAAGGGAUAUAGCUCCUCCACGUGGAGUGCAGGCGGCUAUGGAGAUGCAGGCUGAAGCAGAGCGAAAACGGAGAGCUCAAGUUCUAGAAUCUGAAGGAGAAAGGCAGGCAAAUAUUAAUAUUGCCGAUGGGAGAAAGAACUCAGUCAUCCUUGCAUCAGAAGCUGCGAAGCUGGAUCAAGUCAACAGAGCUCAAGGAGAAGCAGCAGCUAUCCUCGCUAGGGCUGAAGCAACGGCAAAAGGAAUUGCCAUGGUUUCGGACACCCUCAAGAAAACUGGGGGUGUGGAGGCUGCUAGUUUAAGAAUUGCCGAGCAAUAUAUUCAUGCCUUCGGCAAUAUUGCUAAAGAGGGAACAACGGUGUUGCUUCCAGCAAGUGCUUCGGAACCUGCAAAUAUGAUGGCACAAGCCCUAUCAAUAUACAAGAACCUGGUUGGCAAUGCUUCUGGAAAGUUGCUCCCGGAGAUGCCCGAAGAUGCUCUAUCUUUGGGAUCCGGUAAUAAUCAGAGUUCCUCAAAGGCUGAAUCUGCUGACGAAGUUUCUCGUGCAGAAUCUGUUUUCUCGCUUCAAACACCCAAAGGCAAGAAGUGAGAAAAAAAUAUUAUGGUAAAGGAAAACGGGUGUCUGUGAGAUUUGCUUCUAUUACACUUUUAUGAUUGAUAAACAAUUUUAACUGCUACUGCGUAGAUUUUAACUAUAAUUGGGCAAGUGCCUUUUUUUUUUUCUUUUUUCGCGGCAUUUAUUGCUUCGGAUUUGUUAUUCUGGCAAAGUACAUUUGAGUUUUUGAGGGUAGGAUUCGAAAGUAGAAAUCAUGGAGAAAUUGUCCAUCAGUACUUCUGGCUGUAGAGAGUGAUUCUACUACUUCUAUUAAUUGCAAAUUUAAAUUAGUUUUACAAGUGUUGUUGCUUA